GGUAAAAUAUAGAUGGAAAAAGAAGGUGGUAUUACGAAAAUAACCCUGAGGAGAUAAAAUUUUUUUUGAAAUCCCAACGUCUUUGUAAAAAUUUUGUGUCUUCUUCCUCUUCUCCUCUUAGGGGAGCCUCUGGCUCUAUGGCAGCUCAGGUGUUCCUUGUCAAGAUCUGUGAUUUUAACGAGGUAACAAAGAGAGGAAAGAUGAAUUGCUACGGGUACCAAAAGAAGAACACCUUGACAAGCUGCGAGGAGAUGAUGAUGGAAUCAGUUGUGUGUCCUAAACCUCGUCGAUUGGGUCUGUUAAACCACUCUUCCAUUAACAACCACAUCAGACCCUUGAGGCGUCCCAUCAGCUACCAAUCUGAGAUCAAAGAUUUAGGAAUUGGGCGGAGCUUUUGGACAUCAUCCUUCCUAAAAGGUUCAUGCUCAAAGGUUCUUUUUGGAUUUGGGGAUGUCAAAGGAAGAGAGGGUACGCUAGUCUUUUGUAUAAAAGUCAAUAUAAGCAAAUAAGGUUGCUUUUCAACAAUACCACAUGCUCAAAGGGAAAUUGUUCGCUGGCUAUAUCUGCAGAAUGCUAGUAUGUGAUGGUUUGGUAGGAAAGUGAGAUAGGUAGGUAAGUAACCAACUUGGCUCAACCAAACAUGGUAAAUUGGUAUUCCCACCUCUCACUUACCCAUCUAUCUCAACAUUUUCCUCCAACCAAACACACCCUAAGAGAAAUAAUCCCCUUACUUAUAUGGCCAAUAUACUUCUCCAACCAUAGGAGAAAAAGCCACCUUCCUCUAGAGACAAAGCAUCAUGGUGGGGGCCAUAUUUUAAAAAAAAAAAGAAGAAGAAAUGUUUAAACUUUGAAUGAAAGAGUCAAGAGACCAAACUUAUCUUGUAAAAGGAGAAGUUAUAAACCCUGAAUAUAUAUAAGUAGGGGAAAUCACUUCUUAUGUGAUAGUAAA